GUCGGAGCACCGGCAGCUCGUCGGAAAGUCACCGUUUAGAAACAAACAGCAAAAGGACAAUUAUGAAAAACAGAAAUAUGGACACCAACUAGAAUUAAUGAGUCUUAACUAGGGCUGCUGUGCUUCAUAAAACAAACGGUUAACUGUAGAGAAAUUCUGCGCCGCUUGCUGGUAAGCUGCUCCUUUAAAUCACAGAUGACAGAAGCUAAUAGCAGGCUACAUGCUAACGCUACAGCUCCCAUUAUCGGACAGACAUGAUGAUUUAACAUAACGCCCAAUGCCAGCUGAAGCGUGAUGCAUCCAGAGCAGCCCAGAACGGGCUUCGCCCUGCAGAGACGACAGGCAGAUUCAGCCCCUCGGGGCACGUUGAGCACCGGCCUACUGCAGGGCCUCAUCCAGAGUGCCAGGCCUCCUUCCUUCUGCUUCCUGCUCCCCAGGGUCCAUGCAGCUGAUGUGGCUGCUGCCCAGCCUGCACAGAUGCCCUCUCCCUCCUCCUCCUCCUCCUCCUCCUCCACCACCAGUCCUGCUCCUGCACCCAUCCCCUCUUCCAGCACCAUGCCAAGAAUCAUAGGCAAGCCAGAAUUCCCAGACACAGGAUGGGACCGUAUCAAGGACCUCUUUGACAUAGAUGCAACACAGAGGUACCCAGAGGAGCUGACCAACGUGGUAAAGAGCGGGUUAGUUGGCGCACUUGCAGGCUUGCUCUACGGAGGCCUGCCAGCAGCUUUCCAAGCCAAGCAGAGGUAUAUCCAAGUCAGCCAGGCGGAAAUCUACACCAGCAGAGUGGACGCAGUGCGCUCAGCCCAUAAUGCAGCAGUCCGGGGCUUUGUGAGGUACGGAUGGAGGUGGAGCUGGAGAGUGGCUGCUUUUGUCACCCUAUUCAAUUCUGUCAGCACAGGGCUAUCUGUGUACCGAGACAAGUAUGCCCUCAGCCAUUAUGCUGCAGCUGGAGCUGUGACUGGAGGCCUUUUCAGACUGAACCUGGGCCUGCGAGGGUUGGUGGCAGGGACAAUCAUCGGAGUAGUGAUGGGGAUUCCCACUGGUGCUUUGAUCAUCAGCAUGCAGUCGGUGGCCGGAGAAACUGUCAGAGAGAGGAGGAGGAAAGAGCGCAGGGAGCUUUACGAGCUCAAACUCUCAGAAUGGUCGGCUCGUCUGCAGUUGACAGACGAGUUGAUCGGCGAUCUGAAUGUCAGCACUCAGACAGAGGAAACCAGUAAGGACAUGCAAAGGAUCCAGGAUCUGCUGAGUUUACCGCCGAAGGAGGAUGUGACUCAGGACUCAUGCAGCGAGUGACAGUCGCUGCCUUACUGCCCGUUAUCUGUUGGACAUUGAAGGUGGGAGUUCACACACCUGGGAGGAUAAAUGGGUCUCUUCUUUGGCUGGACUCCACACACCUUCUCUCUAAAUGGAAACUGCUUCACAUGAGAAUCAAAAGACGCUGUUGUACCUCACCAACUACUGUCCUCCAGCUCUGCCUGCUGUAUGUGUGUGUGAGCACUGUACAUCUAUCUCUGUGAGAACCACUUUGACAAUUUGGGAAAGCGAUUAUUUAUACAUUUGCCAGUGUAAGGAUACGACCUGAGAGAUUGAGGUCAGGUAACCUUGUUGUGUAUCCCCAACAGAUGUUUCCCUCGCUUUCAAAAUCAGCUCAGCUCAUGUUUAAUAUGGGCUUGUGUCCUUCACUAUUGGCUCCUUUAUGAAUAAACAAUAAAACCAAACAAAAUUAAAACCACACAUUUUUUUGAAACCGUCAGUGUUGUAGCUCCCCGCUCACACUGGCCUGCCAAGACCUGACCUCACCUUUCCUCACAGUGUCAGUUGUUGGCGUAGUUACGGAUGCUUGCUCAUUAUGUUUAGCACACCUAAUGUAUUGACACCAAACAACAACUGUUUCACAAAAUGGCUUUUUCCUCCUCCCCACGUCUGUGUUAUGUGUAGUGUGCUUUUGACUUUGCCUCUUGGGCUUUUCAGCAACUAGGUCAAACAUAGCCGUGGCCCCUGGUGUAAACAAGAUGUGACACAGCAACAGCUGGGGCCAAGGAAGCAGCAGUGACUGCUGACAUACAGAUGGACAGCCAGCAGAGAUAGACUGAGGAACUUGCACUCCAGAGCACAGCUUGGUCGGUGAUGAUGUCAAGCUUUGAACUAUUGCAGGUAGACACUGGAGGUAAGGUUUAGAAAUUGAUGUUGGCUGUGUCCAAGCAUCGCUGAGUUGUGAAAAUGGUUUGUCCCGGCAUAAAACUUGGAGAAAUGUCUUAA